GAAGAAAGAAAGAAUUUAACGGAUGGAUAUUUAUCAACUUUAUUAACGGAAAGAGAUAAUCAAGUGUCACCUUAUAAAAGGGCGAUCGGUUCCAGAGAUCGAUCAUACACACAGGCCGUUCUUGGAUCUUCCGUUAACUAACUUCCUUCUCUCGAAUCGAUCGAUAACAUCGGCCGCCAUGGGACGCCGCAGCUCAGGAGGAGGAAGUUUCCGGUCCACGCCACCCAAGGUUAGGACGCCUGCUCCCAAGCCAGCAGCAGCAAGCAAGGCCCCGGCUCCGGUGGGUGAGAAGAACAAUGGCGGCGUCUCCUUGCUCGGGUCUCUCGGAUCCGCCCUUGCUGACGGUAUUGGUUGGGGCUUUGGGCACGGCGUGAUAAGCAGGGCCCUGGAUUCAGUCUGGGGCCCGAGAACCUACCGGGUCAUCCAUGACAACGAAUCUGAUCAAGCUGCUAAUCCUUCUGUCGAUGCGUGCUCCGUCCACAACAAGGCAUUCUCUGAUUGCAUCAACAGCAACCGGAGCGACAUCAGCAGGUGCCAGGUCUACGUCGACAUGAUCUACGAGUGCCACCGUGGAGGAGGAUCCACCCUAUAGCUGCUUAAAUCAAAUCCAAGCACAUCAGAUUCUGCAAGUUGUUUGAUCCGUCGCUCCAUUCUCGUAACAAGAAAUCAAUUACGGAGUAGAUUUUUGUGUAGUGAUGCUACUCAUAAUCACAAAAGUCAGUCGGCAUUUCAAUAAUGUAACAAUUUAGAGAUGAUUUAAUUAAUUUAUAAACGAAGUGAUUUUUUGAUCAUUG